AUGUCUCGAUUGUAUCAAAGACUAGGACUUUUCGCGAUAUUUCUAGUUGUAUGCUUGGGAUUAUAUCUUAUAAAACAAUCUGAACCGAAUGGCACGCUAACGGAAAAUGGUGCUCAUCUCUUUGAUACAGUUGCACAUUUAUCGCUACACGAUAACAGCGCUAAGGGGAAGGUAGGUGCAAACGUAGCAUCGAAGCAAACUGCUGAAGAAAACAAGAAAAUGCAAGAGAAACAUAAAGCAGAUUUGGCAUUGGAAUUGGAACCGUGUACUGUUAUGAGUCCUUUAUCGCAUCAUUUUAUUGAUUUGAGUAGUUUGUCGUCGAAAGGGAAUGAAGGUAGAGCGAUGCCGUGGGCAUCUAAAGGAUAUGAUAGUGGACUUAAUUUCACGCUUGGGGUGUGCUCCAGUCCUUUCAAGAAGACGCACGACGCGAACGACGAAGUCAAGGACAUAACUAAUUCGUCGGCCGUGGGAGGAUACUACAUUGAUCCGAAGACGGGUAAAUAUGUCUCUAUUGGAGAAUAUUCCUCUAAGCCUGUUGUGAGAGGUAAGAAGAUCACGUUGAGCUAUACGGGUGGCUCGUACUGUGAGAAUAUGUACAAUAAAGAAACUGGGGAAAAAGUUAGAAAAUCGACGAUACUAACGUUCACCUGCGACAGGGAGAUGUUGGCUAAAGCGUCUGUCUCGUACGUGGGUUCUUUUAACGAUUGCAGUUACAUAUUUGAAGUGAGAUCGCACCAUGCUUGCCCAACAGCAGCUAAGGCAGAUAAUUUGGCAGUUAUUUGGAUUUUCUUCUUUAUUUUGUUGGCAGCUUUAUUAGUUUAUUUCUCGGGAGGGUUGAUAUACAAGCAAAUAAAGUUGCAGAAACUGUAA